AUGGCCAAUCCGUCCCGUCGACUCCCUCUCGCGAGCCUUGCCAAUGCCCCCAAUUCUCCCCACCGGCUGCUCAGCAACAGUGGCUCGAAACGGCCUCGAAGCCUGGCGAAUCUCGCCCAACAGGAAAACGAACCUCCUCAGAAACGGGUGGCGGUCGAGAAAAAUGCCCGGGACCCCAAUCCCCCGGUCACGCCGCAGAGGCAGCCACAAUCCGCCAUGGCAGAGAGCCGCGUCUUUGAACGAGGACAUGGCGAGUCGGGGUCGACCGCCUUCCAACGAAAACUAGUUGCCGCUCGAGACAAGAGUGCUGGUCUGCGGGUGACCAAAAAUGUUGACGUCUCCACCAAGGAAGACACCAUCCGCACCUGGCAAAAACAUUACCGCAAACUGUUCCCCACGUUCAGCUUCUACUUUGAUGGCGUGUCGGAGGAGGCACGGUCUCGCUUCCUCCGACAAGUUACCUCCCUUGGAGCUAAAGAAGAGAAGUUCUUCUCAAAGGCUGUAACUCAUAUCGUGACCACCCGUCAUAUUCCCACCGAGUCGGGAAAACAUGCAAACGACCCCGAGCAGCAUUCCCCAGUCGAAGAUCAUCCGCAAACGAUUAAUCCAUCCCUCCUGGAAAAGAACCCUCGAGGGCACAUGCCGGCCAGCGUCAGACGUGAGGGAAUGAACCACAUGGACAUUCUCGUUCGAGGGAAGGAAAUGGGGAUGAAGAUAUGGGCGGCAGAGAAACUUCAAAGAGUCUUGGGGUCCAUCCUAGAAGAUUCGGCGAGUCAUGGUCACUAUGCUCGUGGAUCAACCCACACGAGUCGACACCAGCAUCAGGAUCUGGGACAAGUCUUGAAAAAUGAAAAGCUGGGAACGACCUCUGACAGAGAGCAGCCCUUCUUGUCUCUGGUGCCAUUUAAAGGACCGUUCAUCUACGUUCAUGACAUGGAGGAGAAAUAUCGGCCCACCAUGGUCAGGGAAUAUCCCAAAGUGGCACGACGAUCAGAUGGAGAAUGGCCACAGUUUCGGUCUGCCAGCAUGGGCAAAUGUCCGUUCAUCGAAGACCCGGCAAUGAAGAAGGAAAUCGAACAGGAACGCAAGCGGGCUAACAUGGCUGCCAUGCAGCAACAGCAACGGGAGCAGCACGUUCCCCGGACACGCUCCCAUAUGUCGGUGGAAACAACCAAACUCGAUGCACCACGGCGGGCAAGCCCACGUAAAGCUCUUGGGGUGGUGCAGAACAAUACCGCCACGGACCUGGAUAUGGACAAGAAGGACAGGAAACCCGCCACUGCUGCCCCUGACCGGCAUUCUUCCUUUCCUCCCAUGCCUGAACGACCGGGUUUCGAAUUCGUCCGGCCCGCACAACUGCACAUGGCUCGAGAGCCUGCGGCGUCGGGAAUCCAGAGGUCGAAUCUGACCUCUGCCAUUCAGUCACAGAUGAUUUCUUCUACUGCCGCCACUGGAGUCAAAGCCGGGACAAGCAAGGAGGUACAUCAUCAAUUGAAGCGGCAGGUUCUGGAACGUACCCACCACACAGGGAGUCUUUCCGUCGGGUCGAUCCCGUCCUCGCACCGGAUGAAUGACCUUGCCGGGGCCCUCAAGACCGUCCGGGCUCCUGCACCACAACGAGCAGCCAAAAGCAAGGCGCAAGAAAAGCUGGGAGGGAUCCAGGAAGAGGGAGAGUCACAUGCAGACGACAUUGCCGCAGAACGCGCUGUACAGUCGACCAGAAGAAAGAAAGCGGUCAAGAGAGAUCCCAAACCGGGAUAUUGCGAGAAUUGUCGGGAUAAGUAUGAAGAUUUUGAAGAGCACGUUGUCUCACGCAAGCAUCGAAAGUUUGCCAUGACCCAAUCGCAUUGGAAGGAACUUGACGCCCUUCUUGCCUUGUUGCAAGCUUGA